CUCCGAGCUUGUGAUGAGCGCGCAGCUCCCAACUCCCGGUGUGCUGAGGGCGUCGUCACCUUGGGGUCUCCGGUGAAGGGAGCUAGCUGAUCGUCCCCGCCCUGGGGACCACCCUACCUUAGAAGCGAACCCCUUCUCCCCAAAGGAGCAUUCCAGAAAAUCCAGUCUUGCAGCUGAGAAGAGCCUGGAAUCCCAGACCUAAACCAGUGAAAAAUCCCGCUGAGCUAUGGGUAAGGCAUUCUCCCAGCUCACCUCCCAGCAGGAUGAGAACAAGUCGCUUCUACCUGAUAACCCAGCCAGGGCCAGCAAGGCUGCCAACUACUUCAGCAGGUGUAGCAGCAAACCACCGUGCCCCCGUGUGCCUUAUGCAAGGGUUGCUCGUACCAGCUUUGUGAUUUGUCCUACCUGCCUGGGCAAUGGGGAGAUCCCCCAAGAGCUGGAGAAGCAGCUGGUAGCCCUCAUCCCUUACGGAGACCAAAGACUGAAGCCCAGACACACGAAGCUCUCCGUGUUCCUGGCAGUGAUCAUCUGCCUGCUGACUUUCUCCCUCACCGUCUUUUUCCUGUAUCCACGGUCCAUUGUCGUGUAUCCCGUGGGCCUCAACUCCUCCAUGGUGACCUUUGAUAAAACUCAUAUACGACUCAACAUGACGAAUAUCUUGAACAUCUCCAACAGCAACUUCUAUCCCAUCGCUGUUACACAGCUGACUGCAGAGGUUCUCCACCAGACCUCUGUGGUAGGCCAGGUUACCAGCAGCCUCCACCUGCACAUCCGACCUUUGGCCAGUGAACAGAUGCCUUACGAAGUCGCCAGCAGGAUUGGGGAUAACAACACAUACAAAAUCUGCACGUGGCUGAAAGUCAAAGUCCACCAUAUCCUUUUGCACAUCCAGGGUACUCUGACCUGCUCCUACCUGAGCCAUCCCCAGGAGCUGCCCUUCGAGAGCUUUGAAUAUGUGGACUGCAGGGAGAAUAUAUCAGUGCCCCACCUGGAGAGCCCUCGCCCAGCCUGACAGUGCUGCCCCUGUCCUGCAGGCUCCUGCAGGCUUGUCUGCAUCUCAACUCCAUGGAGCUCAAGGAAGGACUAGUGGCUUCGCUGAAGGAAGCAAACAUCUGGCUUUAUUGUGCCUUCCUCCGACACCCUCGGCCCAAGGAGCUUGUUUAUCAAUGCCAUAGACUCUGACUCCUCAGAUCUCCCAGAGUCACUUGUGAUGCUUUCUACCUGUAGUCUGUGCUAAGAACUGUCUGACCUGGCGUUGUCUUGGGGCUGAACCUGUUGGUCGCCUGGCUCUCCCAGGGUGGGACUUCAGUUGGAAUGAAGAGAGAAAGCUUAACUAGAUUUUAACAGAACAGAUGAACCCUUUUCAUGUUCUCCCAGUAACAGUGGCCUUGAGGACAUCCAGUGCUGUCUCCAAGGUCUUUCUAGGUGACUAUAAAUGUUCUCUUGUGCUGUCUGCUAUGGUCAUGUGGCAGUGAUGGUGAUGGCCUGCCUCUCUGGACCUGCAUAUGACACCAUCUAAUCUUCUCUAUAGAGCAGCUUUAUUUAAUGUUAUCAUCACAGCAGAAGCUAAGUAACUGAGGAGAGGCCAUCUGGUCUACCCUAGACCAAAGGCAGAGUCAUUUGAAAAGGUAUUUAUUAAAGGUAAGUUUCUAAGUAAAUUUCUCACAAUCCAGAGCCCAUGUGAGUAUUCACGGGUAGGUCAGACAGAAGAGUGGACAUAAAACUGUUAAUUCGGAAUAGAGCUGUGAGGCUCCCAUGGGCUUUCUGCUCUGCAUCAGGCCCACUCUCUGUUCCCAAGGCCUCUGCUGUCCUCUGGGCCUUGAUUGGAGCCAAACCCCAGGUAACUCCCAGGUUCCCACUGGACUCCAGAUUUGCAAGAGAGCAGGGAUGUGUGUUAGCUAAAGCUAGCUAGCUUUGCCCUUCAGACAGGCGGAGAGGCAAACACGGUUGCUGUGGUGGGGAAAGCUGACAUUGAAGAUGGGUGGAUACAAGGAGAUAGGUAACAGAACUAUGUAACUAGCUGGGGCCACAAGGAGGGAGGGGAAGUCUCCCUGGUUGCCAAGCCAGGGUUAAGGUACCAACAAAACAUGGAUUCAGGGAGGUCAGGCUGAGGUUGCCAUGUAUAAACCACCAGAUGUGAAAGACUUUUAUCAAUAAACUAUUGAGCAGUGUUGAAGGAAGACAGGGUUCCUGGGCAGAUGAGUGAGGAUGCUGGUACACUCCACAUCUCAAACCAUUUGACUUCCUGUGUGCCUGCA